AUGGAAGAUUUUAAUAAUGAUGACCCAAUGAACUUUGACAAAGAUGAUAUGAUUAAUAAUAACAAUGAUAAUAAUAAUAAUAAUAAUGAUAAUGAUAAUAAUAAUGAAAAUAAUGAAGAUAGUAAUAAUAAUAGUAAUUUAGAGAAUAUGAUCAGUGAUACCUCAACACCAAGAAUAUUAGAGGAAGAACCAGAUUUAACACAAGUAAUGUGGAGGGAUCCUUUAUGGCUUCAAAUGUAUCCUUUAAAUCCACAAACUAUAUUACAAUAUUUUAGUUAUUCUCAAUUCUAUGACAAGAAUUGUAAUAAUGAACAAUUAAAAAUGCAAAGAUUAGAUUUAUCAGCAUUAAAAAAUAUGGAUGGUUUAGAAUAUGAAUUAAUAAAAUUUGUAGAACCAUCAUUCUUUUUAAUAGCAAAACAAACCAGAAUAUCACCUACAGAUGUAUUAAUAAAUACAUUAUAUUAUGUUAUUAAUGGUAAUAUAUAUCAAGCUCCAGAAUUACAUGUAGUAUUUAAAUCUAGAGUAUCACAAUCAAUAUCACAUUUAAGUGAAGCAUUCAAUAGUAUUUCGUCAAUCGUUAAUUGGGAUAUCGUUAAUGGUUAUUCUUUAAAUUUAGACCCUUCAAAUCAACAAGAGAAAUCAAAAUUAGCUGCAUAUAGUAGAAAACAAAUUGAAGAUACUAAAAGAUUAGAUCAAUUAAUUAAUUCUUUAUUUAUAAAGUUUCCAGCAAUUAAUAGACCUGUUGAAAAUCCACAACAGAUGGGUGGUGGUAUCACUCCUCAACAACAACCAUCACAACCAUAA